AUGAGAGCUGACAUUCUGGUGGUGUUAGACUUGGACGCAUCUGCUAUUGGCGCUAGAUCGGAGAUUACGCAGACUGUUGCGUCGGAGCCAAUACACGAGCACAAACUCCGCUGGCUGCAACGUCCCCGCACAUGCCUCAUCGUCAAGAAACCCAACGAUGCCAAAACAGACCAAGCAUUCUACAACGUCAUCUCCUACCUCUCGACCGAAUAUGCAGAUCUAAACAUCGUAGUAGAACCAGGCACAGCACCACUAUUCCAAUCCCCACCAUUCGAUAUGCCCGUAGUGCAUCUCACACCGCCUGAGUCGGCGUUUGAAGAGUAUAAUCGGACGGUGGAUUUUGCUAUUGCACUUGGAGGAGACGGCACAAUCCUCCACCUAACAUCCCUCUUCCCAACCGCCGUGCCACCCAUAAUCUCCUUCUCGCUCGGCACGCUGGGCUUCCUCCUCCCCUACCAGUUCCAGCACUACAAGGUCGCGCUCCGCAAAGUCAUCGACGGAGACGUCACGCUGCUCUUACGCAUGCGUCUCGCUUGUGGGUUUUACAAUAGUGAUGGCACCCGGAUUAACAAGUUUGGCAAUGACGUGCCGGCUAUGAAUGAGGUGUAUCUGGGGAGAGGACGGCAGCCGCAUCUGAUUCAGUUGAAAGUCGAGGUUAAUAGCGAAAUGCUGACUAGUGUUGUGGCAGAUGGACUGAUUUUCGCGACGGGCACUGGGAGUACAGCGUACUCGUUAUCUGCUGGAGGCCCCAUAGUCCACCCAUCUCUAAAUUGCAUUCUCCUAACCCCCGUAUCACCACGCUCGCUCUCUUUUAGAUCAAUCCUGCUGCCGCACUCAUCAAACAUCCAAGUCUCUCUAACCCCACACACGCGCUCCAACGCCGAAGUAAGCAUCGACGGACGCGCCCUGCACAUCUUGCAAAAAGGUGAAUACAUAAAAAUCGACAUGUCAAAGUACCCGAUACCGUGUGUGAAUCGACUGGAUGCGUCGCCGUGUACGGACGAUGAUGGAGAUGUGGUGCAUGCGUCGGCUGCGAGGGACUGGGUGAGGGAUAUUAAUGGGAUGCUGAGAUGGAAUCAGAGUUUUCGGAGUGGUGGUGAGGUAGGGCAUUUUGAUAGGGAUGUGGAUGAGGAGGAGGAUGGCGAGAGUGAGGAGGCGGAUGAGAUUGUAAAGCCGGUCUGA